GCGGCCCCCGCCCCGCGGCCCGUGAUGUCACAAUCGCGGCGGGCCCCGGCGUUCCCGGGUCGGCUUCGGCUUCGGGCGCCCGGCUGCGAGGCGGCGAUUGAAGCGGGCCGCUGGCUCCUGAGUCAUGGACUUCCCCUGGCCCCUCCUCUACCACUCCCACUCCCGCGCCGGGCCCCCCCGCGGGGGCUAGCGUCCGCGCGGCGGCUCCGAGGGGGUGGGGCUGCAGGGAAUGGCUGUGCCCCCUUCGGCUCCCCUGCCGUGCUCGCCCUUUUACCUGAGGAGGCAGGCGCCUUGCCCGCAGUGCUCAUGGGGCAUGGAGGAGAAGGCUGCGGCCGGCGCGGGCUGCCGGGAACCGCCGGGCCCCCCGAGGGCCGCCGCCGUCCCGUGCUUCGGCAUAUCCGUGGACCAGGACGACAUCCUCCCCGGCGCCCUGCGCCUCAUCCGGGAGCUGCGGCCACAUUGGAAGCCCCAGCAAGUUCGGACCAAGCGCUUCACUGAUGGCAUUACCAACAAGCUGGUGGCCUGCUACGUGGAGGAGGACAUGCAGGACUGUGUGCUGGUCCGGGUGUACGGGGAGCGGACAGAGCUGCUGGUGGACCGGGAGAAUGAGGUCAGGAACUUCCAGCUGCUGCGAGCACAUGGCUGCGCCCCCAAACUCUACUGCACCUUCCAGAAUGGGCUGUGCUACGAGUACAUGAGGGGCAUGGCCCUGGGGCCAGAGCACAUCCGUGAGCCCCGGCUCUUCAGGCUAAUUGCCUUAGAAAUGGCAAAGAUUCACACCAUCCACGCCAACGGCAGCCUGCCCAAGCCCAUCCUCUGGCACAAGAUGCACAAUUACUUCACCCUCGUGAAGAACGAGAUCAACCCCAGCCUUUCUGCAGAUGUCCCUAAGGUCGAGGUGUUGGAACGGGAGCUGGCCUGGCUGAAGGAGCACCUGCCUCAGUUGGACUCCCCUGUGGUGUUUUGCCACAAUGACCUGCUCUGCAAGAACAUCAUCUACGACAGCACCAAAGGUCAUGUACGGUUCAUUGACUAUGAAUAUGCCGGCUAUAACUACCAAGCUUUUGACAUUGGCAACCAUUUCAAUGAGUUUGCAGGUGUGAAUGAGGUCGAUUACUGCUGGUACCCAGCGCGGGAGACCCAGCUGCAGUGGCUGCGCUACUACCUACAGGCACAGAAGGGGAUGGCUGUGACCCCCAGGGAGGUGGAGAGGCUCUAUGUGCAAGUCAACAAGUUUGCCCUGGCGUCUCACUUCUUCUGGGCACUCUGGGCCCUCAUCCAGAGCCAGUUCUCCACCAUCGACUUUAAUUUCCUCAGGUAUGCAGUGAUCCGAUUCAACCAGUAUUUCAAGGUGAAGCCUCAAGUGUCGGCCUUGGAGAUGCCAAAGUGACCAGCGUUCCCAUCCCUCCCCUCCCAUCUGCCUGGCCAGACCUGUUCUCCAGGGCUCCAUUCUGCUCUGGGGUCUUCACCUUUGGACAAGGUGGGCGAGGGGACAGGUGGCUGUCCCAGGAGAAGGCUCUGCCCGUCGCCAGCCCCCAGUGAUGCUUCUGGUGACCAUUCUUGGUUGGAGGGGCUGAUAGGCCCCAGCUCUGGGGGUCCUCUUCACCUUGCCAGACUGGGUGGUGGGGAGUGCCUGCAGCCUGCCAGGGCUCAGACCGCAACCGCCCUGGAAAGGCUGGCAUUCCCAGCCCCGGGCCAUCCUGGCAUCUGGGCUGCCUUAGACGUGUCUUUGACCUUCCUGGCUUGGGGAAGGGGGAAGGUGGGAGGGCUCCUUUCUACCUCCAGGGCCCUGAGCCUCCAGCCUGUUUCCCCCUGCAUGCCCCAUGUGGGAGGUGCUGAGCCCAAACCAGCAUCCUGCCAACUCUGACAGAUGGAUGUACAUAUCUUGGGGGGGGCGUCUAGAAUUGGGUUUGAUGGCUCCCCCAGCAGCCGCCUCAUCUGAGAUUACUCCCUUUCUCCAAACCAUAUCCAAUCAAAUAACCCCGUCCCAAACCUCAGCCUGACGACGUGUGCUCUCCUCCAGUGCCCUUUCUGCUCCAGGCUUGUGUUCUGUACCUCUGCCUCCUGCUGGGAGGGAAGGCAAGGGAAUGGGCCACCAAAGCCUGGCUCUGCUUCAUGCUGUGGCUUGGCCAGAGGGGACAGAGCCAGGAGUGGGGUGGCUGGACCAUAGCCAGCAGGCUCCUGCCUUGUUCCCUCCCUUGCCCUCCUCACUUCCAAGGAACAGUCUCUCCAUGUCCACCUUCUGUCCUGAAGUUGCCCCACGGUCUCCACACUGGGGAAUGACUAGUGGGAGUCUGAGGGCAGGGGCCAGGGACCCCCGGGGCUUGCCAGCCUACAGGAGCCUGGGUGGGGUCGGUCGUGAAGGUGCUGAAGGAGCUGUUGCCCCGACUCUCAAUGGCCUCCACCUCCUUUCUGCCCUCACAACCUCUCAGGCCUUUCUGGCUCUGGCCUAUAAAAUUUUUCAUUUGUAAAUUAUCAUGGUUUUCUGCAUUAAAACGGCCAUUUAUGGA